AUGUUCAAAUCUUUAAUUUCCCGCAUCGGCGGCGACAACAAAAACUACAUAUUCCCCACUGUGAGCACCACUGGAGACGGCCCCGAAUGUCUCAAGGACUGCGCAGAUUGCACAGUCCACUUCCCUGAUAAAUUCCAUAUUGAUAGUGAACGCAAAAUAUACGGCAAAAUUAAACCGUUUGCGACGCACGUGCUCGUAGCGACUGGCAAAUCGGAUUGGGUGUCGAAGCCGGAAUGGGAAAGGGGGACAGUUGUUCAUGCGCUGUGCGAGGCGAGUUCGAAGGAGCGUCUUAUGGUAAACGCCUCUAACCUCACGGCACACAAAGACGAAUCCUCUACCUCGGAUGAAGAGGAAGAUGCGACAACGGUGUUACUGUUACCGUCAUUCCAAUUCGUAGACAACGUCACCAUUCCCUCGGUCCCAGAACUAGUCUCGCGCUUCAUUGACAACGAUGAUACAUCCACCAUAUCAGAUAUUUCAACACUGACACCCCGCGCCUGUCCACACGACUACGUCGUACUUUUAUGCUCCCACAAACGCCGCGAUGCUCGCUGCGGCAUCUCAGCACCAUUAAUCAAAAAAGAACUAGAGCGACAUUUGCGACCCGCGGGACUCUAUCGUGACGCCAACGACGAGCGUCCCGGCGGCGUAGGGAUAUAUUAUGUUUCGCAUGUAGGCGGACACAAAUUCUCGGCGAAUGUGCUGGUGUAUCGCAGAGAGGAAGGGCAGUUGAUUUGGUUGGCGCGUAUACGGCCGGAGCAUUGUGAGGGGAUUGUCAAAUAUACGAUUCUGCAGGGGAAGGUUGUGCAUCCAGAGACCCAGUUGAGGGGAGGAUUCGAUAAGGAGAGGGGGUUAACUAGUUGGUAA